UUGAGAUCUCAGCGGAACUCAAAUGCGUCAGGAGCGGGAGCGGGAGGGACAGAAAAGCUGAAACUCACGUCGGCGCUUUACCCAUGGCAACGGGAACGGCCUGUGUGGCGCGGGUAAGUCCGCGCUGGGGUUGGAUUCGAAUCCGAACAUUUUUAUUUAGAGUGAAAUCCUCCUGGAAGGGGAAAAAUGGACGUUCCGUAGCACCCCCGUCUCUGUGAAUGGACGACGCAACGACCUCUUCAUUUCCCUCAUUUUGGAAAAAGUAUUAGUUUGGACCCGGUUGAAGGUUUGCAGAACUUCAACUGUGGUCAACGGUCAUUAUUUAUUCUCUUUUAAUGAAGAAACUAAAUGUUAAAGGGUGUCAUGACCAGCUGGGGAGAUGAGUUGGGGACAUCUGUCGCGGAGCAGAUGGGGCCAAACUGAAACUGCAGCAUGUCUCUUCCCAACUAUUCAGAGGAUACAUUUACCUCCGUGACUGAAGAAGAGGAUGAGAGGCAGUACGCGGACGACUCAUUUGAAUUUUAUGACUCAGCGGAUGAGUGGAAAGAGCCAACGGCCUCUGAUCUGACAGAGAACACUUGGCAAUCCUCAUGUCAAAAGGAUGGAGAAUUGUUAGAUUCUGCGUUUGUUGUAGGAGAGUCUUUAACUAGAAAAUGGAUCAAUCUUCUGAAAGUCAACAGAAGAACUAUCACUGAGAGAGCCACAUCUUCCAUAGAACCAGAUACUGCAUUACCAGGAAUUUCUGAAAAAGAACUCGGGGCUCUGCAAUCUUUCUGUGCCAGCAAAAUCAACCACCUCCAUCAUCAGAGGAGCUCAGAACCAUUGAGAAGAAAUAGCCGUAAGGAACAGAGGCCUAGGAUGGUUUCACGGAGGCAGCAGACGGGAGGUUGCAACUCUCCUGUCCCUCCUGAGCUAGUAAACAGACUUCAUCUGAAAAGUCUCAAGGAGAUGAUGAAAAAGAUAGCAGAAAUGGAAGUGCACCAACCUUCACAAUGCCGCUUUUGCAUGAAGAAAAGAGCAGGUUUUGCAAAAGUUGAAUUUCUCAGUCGAAAGAAAACUAUAUUAGAUAAUGUUUUACUUCAAGAGAAACUGGAAGACUAUAUGUACAACAAAGUAAGCAAAAAGCAGAAUAUAUGUACCAAACGUAGAUGUAUUUUAUUGUGCUAUGCUGCACUGUGCUAUUUUAUACUACACUACAUGAGCCAUAGUGGCGCAGUGGUUAGAAUGCAGUAUUGUAGGCUAAUUCUGCUGACCACCACCAGGGGGCGGAAGAAGCCCUUGAAAGCCUCAACAAGAGCCGGCAAGUCAAAAAAAUCCUCUAAACCUGCUUCUCGUUAUGAGAAGCAGAAGGAAAAAGAGUUUGAACACAUUUACAAGAAAGCUGCUUCCAAGAAUCCUUCCUCCUCUAAUCCUACUGAUCCACCUUAG